AUGUCAGCUACGACUGUAGGUUUUCAGACCGCGCAGUAUUUCACAGUUGCAGCGAUGGCAGCAGUGGUUUUUGACUACUGCUUGACGCUUCCACAAGAGGUCCAGUUGAUCUGGGGAAAGAAGUGGAACAUCAUUAGAGUUUUGUUUACUCUCACUCGUUAUGCUACCUUGAUGGGUACUGCUAUGACCACGUAUUCUGCGGUGACUGACCGGUUUAACUACACAAGCUGUGCAACUUUCGACGCUGUCUCAUAUGGUUCACAUCUGAUAAGCAUCAUCACUGCAGAAGGCCUGCUUAUUUUUCGUACACUCGCCUUUUGGCAUCAGAGCAAAAAAUUGCGGGUGUGGCUUCUCGUUUUUGCUACAUUUUGCAUUGCAGCGGCAGUCGGGGUGUCAAACGUCGUCCUCAGUUUCACCGUGACUAACCCUCCAGGGGUCAACAGCACAAAUUGCGUGUUUGAAAACGGUGGAAAAGGUGGCGCCAUACAAUAUGGCUUUUUGAUCAUUCAUGAGCUAGUGCUCAUGAUCCUUACGAUAUACAAGAAAUUCAGCUUUUACAAAGGUACGCAGGGUCGCCUUGCCACCAUCCUUUAUCACGAUGGGAUGAUAUACAUGACCUGCAUCAUAAUGGCAUCCUUCGCAAAUGUUCUUAUCACCCUGUUUGUUCCUGUGACAUACACUGAUAUCCUGGAUGCACCGCAACUCGUGAUCCACGGAGUGCUAGCCUCCCGUAUCUUAUUCAAUCUGCGACAUGAGAGCCACCAGUCUGAUUCCGAGAUCAUUGAUGGAAUUUUUCCUAUCGCUAACAUGCACACCCCUGGAGGCCAUAGUGUUGUAUUCGUGAAUACAAACCCAGAGAUUGUGGAAGGGUAG